GGUAUGGUGAAUUCCGACCAUUUUGUAUUUUUGCGCUUCUUUUCCACUGGCAUAGCCUUUGUUGUCGCCACUCUGAAUUUUAAGAAAGGAGAAAAGAGAACUCUGUCUCGAUCUUUACGGCUUCGUUUGCCUCCGAUCUUUUUACCUCUCGCAGGACUAGGGUUUUUGUUCUCCUCUUCGCUCCAAAAACUUCGAACGCCUCUCAGCUGCCAAACACAUCUUGAAUCUGGUCUUCCUUCGGCUUUCAAUAUUCUCCUGUUAAUUUAGGGUUUUGCGAGUGUUAAAGACUUAAAAGAGCUCUUGCUUCAACCUCGUCUCUUCAUUCACGUCCUCUCUCUAUUCGAUAUUCAAGAUGUUCUGGAAGAUCCCAACUAUGAGUACUUCUUCUCCUGUUGAGUCAGUAUUGGACAAGGAAAACUUCACUUUGGAAGAGCUUCUGGAUGAAGAAGAGAUAAUCCAAGAAUGCAAAGCAUUAAACAGUCGUCUGAUUAAUUUUUUGCGAGACAGAUCCCAAGUGGAGCAGUUGCUAAGAUAUAUUAUUGAAGAGCCUUCAGAGGAUGCUGAAAAUAAACGUACCUUCAAGUUUCCCUUCAUUGCCUGUGAGAUCUUCACAUGUGAGAUUGAUGUUAUCUUGAAGGCUUUAGUGGAGGAAGAUGAGGCUUUAGUGGAGGAAGAUGAGCUAAUGGAUUUGCUUUUCUCCUUCUUGGAACCAAACCGUCCUCAUAGUGCCUUACUGGCUGGGUAUUUUGGCAAGGUUGUGAUAAGCCUCAUGUUGAGAAAAACAGUCCCGCUUAUGAAUUAUGUUAAAGUCCAUCAGGAUGUAUUCCGCCAGCUUGUAGAUUUGAUAGGUAUUACAUCCAUCAUGGAGGUUUUGGUUCGACUUGUGGGCUCCAAUGACCAUAUUUAUCCCAGUUCUAUAGAUGUGAUGCAGUGGUUGGCUGAUAGCAAUUUACUAGAAAUGAUUUUUGAUAAACUGAGUCCAUCUAGUCCUCCUGAAGUCCAUGCUAAUGCUGCAGAAAUUUUAUGUGCUAUAUCUCGAAAUUCACCAUCACCUCUUGCCUCUAAACUUUCUAGCCAAAGUUUUGUGGCAAGGAUAUUUGGUCAUGCAUUGGAAGACUCACAUUCCAAAUCCGGUCUUGUCUACUCAUUAUCUGUUUGUAUUUCCUUAUUGGAUCCCAAAAGAUCAAGUUCUACCCCCUUCAUUCCUUCUUUUCGAAGCCAACAAAUGUAUGAGCCACCUAUAUAUGUCAAUCCUGAGACUGUUCAUGCUAUGCUUCCGAAACUUGGUGACUUGCUGAUGCUACUGAAUGUGUCAUCUGAUGAGAAGAUUUUGCCUACAACAUAUGGUGAACUGCGGCCCCCUCUUGGGAAGCAUCGUCUUAAGAUUGUGGAAUUCAUUGCGGUUCUGCUGAAAACGGGCAAUGAGUUUGCAGAGAAAGAAUUGGUCAGCUCAGGAACUAUUAAAAGAGUCCUUGAUCUCUUCUUUGAGUAUUCAUACAAUAACGCAUUGCAUCAGCACGUGGAGAAUAUUAUAUAUUCAUGCUUAGAAACCAAAAACAAUAGCAUUGUUGAACAUUUGCUCCAAGAGUGUGAUUUGGUUGGAAAAAUCCUCCAGGCUGAUAAAAAUCCCCUUCUUUCCGUUGAUCUUAAUCAGCCAACUUUACCUGCCACUGGUAGAAGUGCACCCCGGGCUGGAAACGUUGGACACCUUACGCGUAUCUCAAAUAAGCUUGUUCAGUUAGGAAAUAGUGAUAACCGCAUUCAAGCACAUCUUCAGGAAAAUAGCGAAUGGAAUGAUUGGCUUGCUACAGUUUUACAGGAACGCAAUAUGGUUGAAAAUGUCAACCGAUGGACUUGUGGCCGGCCAACUGCAUUGCACGACAGAACGAGGGAUAGUGAUGAGGAUGACAUUCAUGACAGAGAUUAUGAUGUAGCCGCUCUAGCUAAUAAUCUAAGCCAAGCAUUUAGAUACACCAUAUAUGAUAAUGAGGAUGCGGAAGAGGGCAAUGGAGUUCUUGACCGAGAUGAUGAGGAUGUUUACUUUGACGAUGAUUCUGCUGAAGUUGUGAUAUCAUCCCUAAGGCUGGGUGAUGACCAAGGGAGCAGUUUGUUCACCAAUUCCAACUGGUUUGCUUUCCAAGAUGACUGGGUUGGUGAUGUGCCUAUGAGCACCUCACCUUCUGAGUUAAUGGAUGAAAUCAACUUGAAUGGAACAUCAAAUGGUGGUAAUAGUAGUAGUGAUGAUGAGGUGGUGGUUGGAGAGGAUGAGGAGUUGGCCGAAAGCAAAACUUUUACCAACGGCUCAUCCAGUUCCAAUGCAAACAUCUUCAAUGGAUUUAGUGGGAAUAAUUCCAUAAAUGGUGGACACUUGAAUCCACAUAACGAGGAGACUAGUGCUUCUAGCGAUAUGGGCUUCUUCAGAUUCGAAGCAUCUGACAAUGAAGAUCCAUUUGGAGAUAGGCCUAUCCCUGAAUGGGUGGGAUGGGGUGAGGCGUCUGAUUUUCCAGUUGGUGGAUCGAGUAUGAAUCCAUUUGUUGAUCAGAGUGACCCUGGUGUCAAUCUUGCCAAUUCUGUCGAAGCAGUCACACCCCCAAUUAGUUCCACCUCGAGUGGAAAUGGGGAAUCUGUACCGAACGGUACCUCAAGUUCCAGGGGUUCAAGUGACACAUCAGUCAGAUCCGAUCCAAGUCAGAGAGCUGUUGCUGUGCCGUCUUUGUUUGAGGAGGAUGUUGAGUUUGUAGGGGUUGAAUUAGAGGGUACAGAGAAGGCAGUGGAACAGGCUCUUAGAGAGGGAAUUGUUGGGGAAGCGGGGCCAUUGAAAAGAAAGAUUGUUCCUAAGAUGCCGGAGAAGGAGAAUUCAGCUGACAGUGGGGCAGGGAUGAAGGAGUUCAAUGAUGCAAACUAUUGGAGGGUUGAUCAAGAGGUUGCAGUAUUGGAGUAAUGAUGGGUAUUCCUGAUUUGGGUCGUUUGAACCUGAAAUCUGGGAUCUGGCGGCCGGAGAUCCAAUUUUUCGUUUGACAAGGGGUUAUGCAGCAAUCAUAUGUACAGAGUAUUUUUGUAUCAACAGGGAUUUGUGCAGUAGGAUGUGUCGUGGUCUUUUACUGAUUAUUUAUUGUUUCACUUAUUAUUGUUCAUUAGUCAGGGCUUUGUUUUCCACCUGUUACUGAUUUGUGGGGUUUCCCUUCUCUUUCAUGAGAUUAAUAUUUGUUCUAAGUCUCUCAAUUUGGACCCUCAACCCUAUCAGUCUCUCAUUAAUUUCACAUCUUGUUCAGGCUAUGGCCUCAGUUUCAUUUUAUCCUCUCAACUAUUCAUAGAACAGGUUGUUACACUUUGCACUUAUAAUGGGGGGAGUUGGUACAGUGGUUUAAACUUGAGAACUCUCAGUUUGUGUAAAUAAUGUCAAAUGCUGUAUAUGUACUCAAAAUAGCCGUCCAAAACUCUAUGAAUGAGGACUAAAUUAGAUAUUUUUUUU